AUGAAGAUCGCCAUCAUCAUCGGGUCUACCAGGCCCAGUCGUAUUGGGCCGCAGCUUGCCGGAUGGCUCCUGACUCUGCUGAAGACAGACCAGGAGCUACAUGACGCCGAAUUUUCCAUUGUCGACCUUGCCUCCUUCCCGCUCCCGAUGUUCCAAGAGCCUGCUCAUCCCAUGAUGGUCCAGGACUUGGCUCAGUUCACCAGCCCGGCUGCUGUGUCGUGGAACCAAGAGAUUGCCAAGCACGACGCUUACAUUGUCGUCUCGCCAGAGUACCACUCUGGGAUCCCAGGCACCUUGAAGAACGCCAUCGACCAUCUCUACCAUGCGUGGAUCGGCAAGCCGGUCAUGAUCUUGACGUAUGGCAUCUUUGGUGGUGCGCAGGCGAACUCGCAGCUGCGUCAAGUUCUAGGGUUCGGGUGUCGAAUGAAGGUUGCCACUAUCUGCCCGACACUCGAGUUUCCUGGUCGCGAUGAGGGGGAAAACAACACAAGUCCUGCUCUGUUUCAGGCACUUGCAGGCACGCUGGGUGCCGAUACUUUGGAGUCCUGGGAGGGAAAGAAGCAGGAUAUUCUUUCUGGCUGCCAUGAGCUAUUGGGUUGA